AUGCGGCUCUUCUCCUGCGACGGCCAGCAGCGGACGUACUGGUUCGACGUGGACUCCGCCGGCAAGGAGGACGCUUUUCGCGCGUGCGGCAUUCUGUUGGGCCAGGCGGUGCUCAACAAUGUUUUGGUGCCCAAUAUAUUUCCGAGGUGUCUCUUCGAGAAGCUGCUGCAGGAACUCAACUCGCCCUGCGCACGCCCUCUCUGGCUGGAGGACGUCGCUUCUGUAGACAAGGAUAUUGCGCGAACCUUGCGACACGUUCUAGACUACAAGGACGACGACAUCGGCACCGUUUAUGGAGAGAUGGGUUGGCAGCGAGCGGGUUGCCCCGACGAGCCUUUGUCGCAGAGCAACAAGAUGGACUUCGUGCGCACUUACGUCGAUUGGUUCUUCCACGGUAGAGUGGCCGCUCAGUUCGGCCCAUUGAACCACGGUUUCCAAGAGAUCCUUGGCAGUUCAUCGCUGCUGCGGAGAAUGGUGGACGCUGUGCAGCUCGAGAGGAUCAUCUGCGGUGGUGUGGUGCCCGUCGACGUGGAGGCGAUCCGCCGCCGUGCCACGUAUGAGGGGUGGACCGAGGAGGAGGAGGCCGAGUACCUGCCCUUCUUCUGGGACGUGCUCGGCACCUUCACUGAGGCAGAGAAGGUGGAUUUUAUCGUCUUCGUGACCGCCAGCGAUCGGGUACCGCUUCGGGGGUGGCAGGACCUCCCGCUGAUCGUCCAGAAGAACGGCGUGGGCGACGCUCAGCUGCCGUCCGCGUUCACCUGCUUUUCGCAGCUGCUGCUCCCAAGGUACUCGUCGAGGGAGCGCCUGCGCUCCCGACUGCUCACCGCCGUGGCCAACAGCGAGGGGUUCGGCCUGCGGUGA